AUGUCAAACAAGAUCAUUGAAAUUGUUAAGCUCCAGCAGAUCAUGAAGAAAUGGAGAAAGGCUGCAAGCUUAAAGAAAACCAGCAUGCAAGCCAAUGCAGGCACUGGAGGAGUAAAGAGCAUCAAGUUUCUCAAGAAAACUCUUUCCUUCUCUGACCGCAAUCAAGGGAUCUCUCGGGACAGUGUUGUCCCGAGAGGAUCCCUGGCUGUAUGUGUCGGAGAAGAAAUGAAGAGAUUUGUCAUCCCAAUGGCCUAUUUGCGGUGUGAAGCAUUUGACAUUCUACUGAAAGAAGCAGAAGAAGAAUUUGGGUUCCAGCAGGAAGGUAUCCUGAGGAUUCCUUGCCAGGUUUCUUUGUUCGAGGAAAUUAUCAGGCUGUUGGAGGACAAUAAGGACGCGAAGAUUAUUCAUGAUUAUGUGUUUACUGCAGGCAAUAACACAAUGGCAUGCAGCUUAUCAGAAAGUCCUAUAACUAAUUCUCACCAUCCACAGAGUCCAAUUUGCAGAUAG